AUGUCGACAUCAGCUAGUCAGUGCCAUGAUGUCUAUCUGAUUUUAAUGUUACAAUUACUAUUCACCUUAGGAGUGAUUGCACUAUUCGUUUUCGAAGAAAACACCAGACGGUUCAUCAGGAUGAAUUAUUACAUACAUUAUAUGGCACUGGCCGUUUUUAUUGCUGUUUAUAUAGGACUGGCUUGUUCUGGCAAUAUGAGGCGGAAAUAUCCCACAAAUAUCAUACUGCUAUCAAUAUUUACAGUAGCUGCAGCCUUUUUGAUGGGAACAAUAUCCAGCUUCCAUAAAACAAACACGGUUUUAAUAGCAGUUGGGAUAUGCGCUGCAGUAUGUUUCGCCGUUACUCUGUUCUCGUUUCACACUAAGUUCGAUUUCACCACAUGUGGAGGCAUUUUAUGCAUUCUACUACUGAUUUUAGUGUUAUUCGGCAUCAUUGCAAUAUUUGUCCGAGAAAGGGUGAUGACUCUGAUCUAUGCAGGACUAGGCGCUGUAGUCUUUAUGAUGUACUUGGCAUAUGACACACAAAUGUUGAUGGGAGGCAAAAACGUGGAAAUAAGUCCGGAGGAAUAUAUACUAGCAGCAAUACAACUCUACAUUGACGUGAUAUAUAUAUUUAUGUUCCUGCUGAUGUUAAUAGGUGUUGGUCAAGAAUGAUCAACCGAAACAGUACAAAAAACGAAACCAAAAGUAUUAGUUGAAUUUAUCUUUCUUA